GCACUGGGAUGGUCUGCUAGGUGGCUGGGCUGCGGGUCUUGGAGAGCAGCUGCUGAGAAGGGAGCUUCUAAACGCGAUGGUGUUGCCUGAUUUUCUCCCCUGACUUUUCUCACCACAGCGAUAGGACCCUGCUGCUUCCUCAGACGUGACUCCUCUCGUGUGGAAGGAGAGAGGGGCAAAGGAACAGGGAUGGAGAAGGGCGAGCUGGACUCAAUCUCUGAGAGGGAGGAGGAGGCCGACAUAGCAGGGGCGGACGAGCGGGCAAUCCUGCGCUACGAGGAACACAUCACCACGCUGCUCGUCACCAUCGCCCAGCUCCACAGCAAGGCCGAGCGGCUGCAGCAGAGGAGAACCAGAGAGGAAGAUGAGUAUUCAGACCAGUGCUCCGAAUACACAGCAAGCCUUCCCAGGUGUGUGCAGAGGCCCCGGAGCCUGGCCAUCCGUCCGUUCCCCAUGGGCUGCAUGGAGGAAGGAGGCAGCUCCGACGUGUUCCUAGAUCUGCAGCAGGCUGUGGCCUCUCUGGAGAACGCCGUGUUCUCCCGGCGGAGCCAUGCUCGGCUGCUUGGCAGCGCUGGUGGGGAGACGGGCGCGGGUGGCCCCAGCGCGGCGGGGGAGGAGUGGGCCCAGAUAGCCAAGACCCUGGAAGAGCUAGAACAAGGCCUGGGGGGUCUUGCGGGACUCCCGGAGGACAACGGGAGCUGUCCCUGGAAGUCAGCACCCAGGGCGCCAGGGGAGAAGACGAGCGAGGCCAGCCCAGGGCUCUCAGCAGAGGACAUGAGCUGGAUCAAGAAUGAAAUAGCCGCAUACGCAGAGAGGAACGCGGCUCUCCGGGUGGCGCUAGGGAGCAAGGAGGAGGAGCUGAGCAGGUCCAAGGUCACCCUGCAAGCAUUCCAGGAGGAACGGGAGAAGCUCCAGAGAAAGGUCAAGGAGCUGCAGGACUCGCUGCUCAGAAUGGAGACGCCGUCCCAGCCCUGCAGCCCCUCAGCAUCCGCCAGUGACACUGUCAGCACCAGGGGGUCCGUCAGCCCCGGCGGGGAAGGGGAGCCCUGGCCAUUCCAGGACCCAGUUGCCGCGGCCCAGAGCCUGAUCCGGUGCUUUCAGAGCUGCUCCAGCACCCAGCACCUCUGCCGCCUGUUCCCCCAGCACCGCCCCCCGGCGUCGGAGAGCCACGUCAGGGAGUGGGAAGCUCGGACCCAGCAGCUGCGAGGGUGCAUCGAGCAGCUCAAAGGCCUGAACCAGCUGCUCUCGGGGACCCUGCGGGAGUGGAAGGGCCACUCGGAGCGGCUCAGCAUGCAGCUGGGGCAGCACGAGUCCAACAGCACGGCCCUGCGCCUGGCCGCACAGUACAGCGAGCGCUGCAUGGAGGCCUACGAGGUGCUGCUGCCCCUGGCCGGGGUGAAGCUGGGGCCCUGGCUGGAGCCAGAGGAGGAGGGAGAUGCCCUGGACAAAGGAGAGCCCGGGGAGCGCGCCCCCAACAGCCUGGGCGGCAGGAUGGGGGCCGUGCUGGACGAGGCCAGGAGGUUCCUGGGGAGAGCAGAGCCCGAGGGCGAGGAGGCCGGGUCAGGGCAGGACGGGGCUGCCGGGACCCAUGGAUGGAAAAGCAGCGCCCCCAGUCCCGGGGCCCAGGCGCCCGGGGGAGCAGAGGAGGGGAUCCUGUACGAAUACAUCCGGCGGCUGCGGGCGGAGCAGGCCUCCGUGGAGGUCUCCCUGCUGGAUUUGGGCUGCCAGGCGGCCCCUGGUUCCGUCGGUGCCAUGAUCCAGAGUAACGACGCCAUCAAGGCCAUGGUGGACGAGGCCGUCAGGGUCGCAGGCGGGGUCCUGCCUGGGGAGACACCAAGGCCAAAGAUGGAGAAGCCGCAGCUGCUGCACGACUUAGUGGCCAUCAGGGAGUCAAUGGCGGAUCUGAAGACCCGGCUGCACCUGGCGGAGAAGGAGACGCGAGGCCUGGAGCUCUGCACCUACACGCACCGGGCGCAGGAGGCCGCCCACCUGCUGCUCAUCGAGCACCUGCAGGGGGAGCUGGACGAGCAGCGGGGCCGGCGCCCCAGCUCCGGGAGCAGCAGCAGCGGAGACAGCAGCAGUUGCAGCAGCUGCCGCGGGGACGUCGGGAGACGGGAGGCAGAAGCGGCGAGACCCCAGGCUGCCCUGGAUCGGGAGACGAUGAUGCUGGAGCUGGUCGGGGUGCUGGCCCGGAGCAGGGAGCUGAGGGGCCAGGCCCAGGCCCUGGCGGCCUCCCUGGAGCAGCGCAGUGCAGCCAGCCGGGCGCAGCGGGCCCAGUGCGUCGGGAUCACCAGAGACUUCUUCCAGGCUCACAGCGCCCUGGUGCUGGCCUACAGGAAUGCCAGGAGGAAGCAGGAGGCUCAGCUGCGGAGGCUGGAGGCCCAGAUGGGCGCGAUGGGCGAGCGGCACGGGGAGCAGCUGCGCUCGCUCGCGCAGGCCGUGCAAAGGCUGGAAGAGCGGCGCGUGGCCGCGGCCGGCAGCGAGACCUGCAUCUAGGGCAGAGCCACGGCGGGCAGUGGGGGUGGCCGAGUCCCUCCCGUGGGCGUGCAGGGGGAGACCAGCUGGCAGGGCCCGGGGUCGCCUCUCCAAUCCAUGGGGAGCUGGGAGCAGAGGGUCUUCUGUUGGUUGAGUUUAUUACUCAUAAAUCACAACCCGCGGCCCCCGGCUAGCCCAGCCCUGGGCUCCCCACACACAGCUGUGCCGAUGCCCCCCGGCCUGUCCUGGUUUCCCACAUACAGAGAGCUGCUGCUGCCACUGGGCCAAGCGUUGGGGGGAGGUUAGCGCUUGGGAGGUUUAUUCUCGGUGCAGAUCGGGAAGGGGUUCAUAGCGGGGGGCUGUACAGGUGAAUUGGGUCGGGUUUUGGUCCAUGCUGGGCCCAGGGGCUGUGGCAUUUGCGUGGCGAGGAAGUCACUCAAUAAAGAGAUCUCCAGGCCGAAUGGGACUCUUCCCUGUGCCUUCCGACAUCCGCGAGGGCACGGACGAGGCUGAGCUGUCUGCGUCUAGCCGGGCUGCUCUUUGCAUGUCCUCUGUUACAGACUCCCAUCAAUGUUCCCUCUCAGCUGCCCAGGGGGACGCCUGGCAUGGCAGGUUCUCCAGCUCCAUCCUUAACGCCGGGCCCGGAGAUCACCAUCUUCUUUUCUGGGCAUCGUUAGAGACAAGGGGUUGCUGGACUCCAGUCCCUUCUGUAAGAAAAUACACAGCUCCUUUGCCCUGGGCCUCUCCUAGGGGUGGCAGGGGGUGGGAAUGGGAACAGGAAAGUUCUGACCUUCUCUGAAUGGAGCCGGGCGCUUUCCGCAUUCACACCUAUCCCAGCACAGACCUGCAGUGCCAGUGAAGAGCCAGCGGAGGGCGCCUCUGCACACAACAUGGAGCCUCUCUGCCCUGGGGGAGCCCAGCAAUGGAAAUCGACUGGGGGAGCCUCAAAGCCAAGUGCGGCCCGAGCACGGGGCCCAGACCUUCCCAGGGGAGCCCGGUCUUGUAGCCUCCGACAGAGCAGCAUACAGGGGAGGCCCUCGCUGAACUCAGCUGCCUUUGGUAACAGAUCCAGCUGUUACACAUCAUGCACAAUUAUCCUGUGGAACUCUCUGCCACAAGUUCUUGUCGAUGCCGAGAGCUGGGGAGGAGUCCAGGGCCAGUCCCCCCAGUUCUGCUCCUGUUCAGCUGUGGGCCAUGAGGUUUCUGCAGCCCGCAGCGGCUUUGACGUCUGCCAUUGCCUUCGGGCAAGGCGAGCUCCGACCUGCACCGUGAGCUCCCAGCCAGCACUGAGCAGGUCAGGCAGGGGCCCGUGAGCAGAGCAGCAUCUGUCUCUCCCAGGCACUGUCUCGCGCCCAUGUUCCAUCGGAAGGGCAGGAUGUGUUAGUCGGAUUGUGGAAAGAACCACUAGCCGGAUCUGGCCAUUGCAGAAAGAGAGGAGGAAAAACCGAGUCCCCCCCCCCCCCCAGAAAGCUGUGAGCAGCCUCGGAGAAUAUGUGCAGUGGAGUCAUGUGACUAGCAGCUUGGGGAGGGGGGAGAGCCAUUGAUCAGCGUGCCCGCUGCGCCAGGAGAAGCAGCGAUCACUCUUGAGGCCAGGGAGUUGAUGUGUGCUUGGCGCGGUUUAAUAGCAGCGCCGAGCCUGGGCCAGCCGAUAGCCCUGGACCCACGGCUGCUCAGAGCAAGCCCCCCUUCAGCCUGACCCCGCUCUGUGCAGCGG